AGUGUGAAGAAGAAGAAGAAGAAGAAGAAGAAGCAAAACAUCAUGACUUUACUUUGUCAGGUUUAUUAGGGAAAACAGCUAGUAAGUUGUAUGAAGAUAUUAUUAAAUUUGUGAAAGUAAAUUAUAUAAAAGAAUUUAGCGUUUUGAUUGUUUUUUUUGUUUAUUUGUUUUGUUUUAUUUUCCAGUUUGUUUAUUUGUUAUGCUUGUUUUUUUUGUUGUUGUUGUUGUUUUUAUAUAUUUAUUUCUAUUCUGUAUACAAGCAAAUAUCCUGAUCCAUACUCCAUUCCAGUCGGUGGCGCUAAUGCACCAAUAAGUUAGGUUGAAAUCAGAUUUAGUUGGAAUCAACAACAAUAUGAAGAACCUUUCAAAAAUCUCCCUGUUUUUAUUGAUAGUCUGUGUGUUUGGAGCUGAUGUGGAGAGAGUGUCAGUGAUGGAGGGAGAUUCUCUCACUCUAGACACUCGUUUAAGAGAGAAAUUUUAUCGAAUAAAGUGGAGAUUUGGAGAUUCAGGCUCAAUCAUUGCUGAAAUUGAUGGAAAUGAGGCUUCAUAUACUGACGAUGAGAGAUUCAGAGACAGACUGAAGCUGAAUGAUCAGACUGGAUCUCUGACCAUCAACAACAUGAGAAUCACAGACUCUGGACGUUAUAAAGUACAGAUCGAUCACAGCGAUGGGACCUCAUAUAAGACAUUCAGUGUGACUGUCCAUGUGUCAGUGAUGGAGGGAGAUUCUGUCACUCUAAACACUGAAAAACAUGGAAUUACUAAGGUAAAGUGGAAGUUUGGAGAUCAAGUCAUUGCUGAAACCUUUGGAAAAGACAAGACCAUCUUAUAUCCCAAUCCCACUGAGAGAUUCAGAGACAGACUGAAGCUGAAUGAUCAGACUGGAUCUCUGACCAUCAACAACAUGAGAAUCACAGACUCUGGACGUUAUGAAGUACAGAUCGAUCACAGCGAUGGGAUCUCAUAUAAGACAUUCAGUGUGACUGUCCAUGCUGUUCCAGGUCUGUCUCCAGGUGCUAAAGCAGGAAUAGUUGUUGUUGUUCUGCUGUUGGUGUUAUCUGCUGCUGCUGCUGCUGCUGUUUUUUACUAUCGACACAGAAUCUGUGAUCUUAAAUUAUUGGAAGCCAAGAUCUCUGAACAGCAAUCAGAAACGGGAGUCGAGCACGUUUAACCCACAGUAAUGUUUGUUCGUCUGCUAUUGAAGCUCACAGAACUAAAUGUAAGGUUGAAUGUACUUUUGCUUGUAUGCUUGUGUCUGGCUUCAUUUAGAUUAUUUUUUUCUGACUUUAACACAAAAACUCAACAGAAAUGUUUUUUUAUGCUUUAAUGCUUUUGUUUAUUACUGACAGAGGUAUCUUUCUUUGUCAUUAGUAUUAGGUAUUCAUAUUUAAAAGUACAGUAAAGUGAUUUCUGAGAAAUGGUGUUGAAAAUUAAAAUCAACACACGACCAAACAAUUCUGUGUACAUAGUCCUGACUGUGUAAAAUCAGAGCAGCACAACACUAAUCAGCAGUCGAGGGAUUUUUGCCAUGUUUCCAGUUGUUGUUGAAUCACAGCUAAUUUUGGAGCAUUGAAAGGAGGGUGUCGAUUUCAAACAUCAACAAUGUUUCUCAGAAAUCACUCACUGCAGCUAUAAAUGAAUAGUUGAAUAGAUGUAUUAGUUAUUUGCCCUCAUGUUACUUCAAACCUGUUUCAUCUGUUUCUUAGCGUUAGUCCUGCUCAUUUGCAGGGUCCAGUUCAUGGCGCUUACACACACUCCUACCUCCUAUUUUAUAUAUAUAUAUAUAUAUAUAUAUAUAUAUAAUUGCUCCUAUUUGCUCGAUAUAUGAGUAUAUUGGUUUUUGCAAUGUUUCACAGAACAAAAAAAAAAAAAAAAAAAAAAAUUUGACAUGGGGGCAAGUAAGUGAUGUCAGAAUUUUCAUUUUUGGGUAAACUAAAUUAUUUUUUUUAUCUUAAUGAAGGAGUAUUAACAGUGGAAAUAUCCUUCUCUUCUGCCUAAGCAAAUAUUUAAAAUGUUUACAUAAACUUUAAACAAGCCUAAUAAAUAUGCUUGUUAAUUUACAUUAAUGAUCAUUAUUAUAAUUAUUAGAAUUUGUAGGUGGUGUUGUGACAGAUGAAGAGACAGCCUCUGAACAACUAAGUAAAACAUGUAUUUCAUCUUUAUAUAGCAAGAGUUUAACUAGUAUUAAGACACAAUAUUAUUGUAAAUGGUUAUCGAUUAUAUCUUUUCAUCGUUACCGACGUGUCCAUUUUCUCAUUCACUUACAAUCGUGUAUUUUUUACAUGCUGCUGUGAUAGUUGAAGAGAGGACAGUGUUAGUAAAGGAGGGAGAUUCUGUCACUCUCAAGACUGAUGCUGAAAUACAGAGAGAUGAUCAGAUCCUGUGGACGUUUGGACCUCAAGACUCUCUAAUAGCUGAAACAAAAAGUGAGACCGGACAGAUCGCAACAUAUGAUGGUCCUGAUGGGAGAUUCAGAGACAGACUGAAGCUGGACAAGACGACUGGAUGUCUGACCAUCUCAAACAUCAGAUCUGAACACACUGGAGUCUAUAAACUCCAGACCAUCGGCAGCAGAGGAACCUCGUGUCAAAGAUUCAUUGUUAUUGUCAGAAAUAAAGUCGUGAUGAUAUCAGUGGUGGAGGGAGAAUCAGUCACUUUAUACCCUGACACUGAAGUACAGAAAGAUGAUCUGAUCGUGUGGACAUUUGGAUAUGAAGACAUUCGCAUCGCUCAAAUGACUGGAAAAACCAGAGAAACAUAUGAAGGUACUGAUGGGAGAUUCGGAGACAGACUGAAGGUGGACAAGAGGACUGGAUCACUGACCAUCAAGAGCACGAGAACUGAUCACUCUGGACUUUACAAACUACAGAUGUGCAGCAGCAGCAGAGCAACCACAAACAAGAGAUUCAAAGUUGCUGUAAAUUUGAAGAAAAUAUCAGCCAAGGAGGGAGAUACUAUCACUCUGAGGACCAAUACUGUAGUGCAGAGAAAAGAUCAGUUAGAGUGGACGUUUGGAGAUGAAAACUCUAUCAUAGCUGAAAUCAAAGGAGGGAUUGGAAAGAUCUCUACAUUUGACAUUGCCGAUGGGAGUUUCAAAGACAGACUGGGGCUGGAUGAGAAGACUGGAUCACUGACCAUCAAAAACACCACAGCUGAACAUGCUGGAGUCUAUACACUGAAGCUCGUCACCAGCAAAGCGACAGCAAUUAGGAGAUGCGACGUUGUUGUCAGAAUGUUGAAGAUAUUAGGGAAGAAGGGAAACAAUGUGACUCUAAAUCCUGAUACUGAAAUACAGAGAGAUGAUCUGAUCCUGUGGAUGUUUGGAGCUGAAGACAAUCUCAUAGCUCAACUGAUUGGAGAGACCAAAGAGACGACAUACGCUGAUGCAGACGAGAGAUUCAGAGACAAACUGCAGCUGGACAAGAACACUGGAUCUCUGACCAUCAGGAACAUCACAAAUGGACCUUAUAAACUACAGAUCAUCAGCAGCAGAAGGUCCUUGUCCAGGAAAUUCAGAGUUUUCAUGUGUUGUGAGUCCGGUCCGAAGACAGUGUCAGGGAUGAUGGGAGAAUGUUUAAUUCUGAUCACUGAUUUGAAUGUUGAAAGUGAUGAGAAGGUAGAGUGGACAUUUGAAGAUGAAAUUAUCACAACUGGAAUGAAUGGAGACUCAAAUAAGACUUCAUACUGUGAUGAUGAGAGAUUCAGAGACAGACUGGAGCUGCACCAUCAAACGGGAUCUCUCACCAUCAAAAACACCAGAACCAGCGACACUGGAGUUUAUCAACUAAAGUUCUGCAGCAGAUUCGGAAAGAACAUUUGCUGGGAAUUUAGUGUUACUGUCAGUGAACCACAUCUCUAUCCACCUGUAACUUGAAAGAAGCAAGCUGGAAUAAGUGAAUACGAAUGGAGAACAAAGACUCGUGCAUUCUAACAGAUGCCCCACAGCGAUCAUAACUCCAAACUUAAUCCUUCAAUACUGUUAGUAUUGUUCUCAUUUGUUAGUAAGUCAUUUACAAAAAUGUGCAUAUUAAUGUGUAUUUGAUCUUUUGACUGUUCUAGUGUACAAACACUGAUUCUGUUGUUUUACAUACUCUAAUUAAAUAUACAAAUAUACACAUCCUUGUCAAAAUAGCGUGUUAAUGAAGAUUAUUGUUGCGCAAUUUAUCCGCCUGCCUUCAACUGCUGUAGCUUAUUUGUUAAAUCAGCCGAUCAAAAUUACAUCUCUACGGAGCCCCGGACGUGACAUGCAGGAAAAAAAUAGUAGGCUAAAUCGUGCGCACGAUUUAUUAAUUCGUUCCCUCGAUUUACUAAAACGUGCGCACGAUUUAGUAAAUCGAGGGAACGAAUUUAAGUCGUGCACGAUUUAAUUUUUUUUCUUGAAAGUCAUGUGCGGGGCUCCGUACAUCUCUACAGUGAUUGAAAGUGAAAUACUCGAUGAUGAUUCGCUUCUAACUGUUGAGAAAUUUGAAAUACUCGUGGUGAUUGGCUAUUUUUAACCUUACACCGUGUCCUAACCAGAUGCGAUAAGAAGAAGCAAUAAAAUCAAUCAAAAAACACAGCCAAUCAGAAGAGAGUGUGGGCGGGCUCUCUCGGCAAGAGCACUUCAAAGGGCAAGUACAUAGUAAAAUUCAUAAAUAUUACACUAUUUAAACAUUAUUUAAAGUACAUAUGGAGUGACAAACAAUCCUUGACAAAGAAUACACUUGUUUGUUCACAUUGAGUUGACAGUUUGAACGAUCUUGUGCCCAUUUAUUUAUUUUCAAAAUCUGAGGUGAAUUAGCCAGUGUUGUUUUCAUUAUGCUAACAAGCUGGGAACACAGAAUGAUAUUCAAACGGACAUUAGACGCUUUUAACAUUAAAUAAAGCACAUAAACAGUACCUGAUAUUAUCAUUACCAUACUUUGUGUUGCUGUUCCAGCCGCGACGUCGCAGAGAAAUAGGGUUAGUUUCUAAAAUAGAAUAUUCGCGUGUCGCCGUCGCGGCUAGUCAGGACAAAAACUCUGAUUAACAUAGAAAAGACACCUUUUAUCGCGCGUCACGUCUGGUUAGGACACGGUUUUAUGCGCCAGAGAAACGUGCGCGCAGCCAUCUUUAGAAUUUUGUCUUUGAACUGUGGGAUUACAAAUUUAAGAAUCUGUUUAAGAUCUGCUGAUCCUACAUCCUGACAUAACAUCACAUGAAAUACUAUGGUGAAGUACAUUGUAUUUAGCAUUUUAAGGUAAAAAGGAUGACUUUCUAGCUCUGCCUUUGUCUCUAUGAUAAUGUAAAGGUAUGGGCGAUACUGUCAGACUGAGUGGAUUAGCACCUGUGCAUUUGAAUGACACUGUUAUGUUGAUUAGAUCAGGGCUGGGAAAUGCCGGUAACGGGCUGAUUCCUGCACUGCAUUUGCAUGCUUUGUUUAGAUUGUCUCCACCUCUACUCUAUGUAUCCCUCCCUCUUGAAUGUAUAUAAACUACAAUGUACCCUGCCUUAGUGGACUUGGAUGACUACAGCGACGCACAGCGCGUUUCUCAGUAAAGAGUAACUUCUGCUUGAAAGAUAUCCCAACGUCUCCUGGUCUCUGCUUCGACGAGGAAAAAGUUUCCUACAGAACUAUCGUUUUUCCGGUAGCUCUGUAUAUUUCUGUCAUCGCUGUCAAAGAAUAAUUAGCUGGUGAAGUGGAUUUACUUACUGUAGGGUAAACAAAAGUUAUUAUGAGCAUUGUAAUGUUUAAAUCAGAUGUCUUAACAAAUGUCAGUAGACCGGGAAGAUUUUAAAACGAGCAGUUCAUUCAUAGAGGAGACAAUAUCAGAGAUGGAGGGAGAAUCGGUCACUUUAUACCCUGAUGCUGAAGUACAGAAAGAUGAUCUGCUCCUGUGGAUGUUUGGAGAUCAAGACAAUCUCAUUGCGCAAAUGACUGGAAAGACCAAAGAGAUAUAUGAUGUUGCUGAUGGGAGAUUCAAAGACAGACUGAAGGUAGACAAGAAGACUGGAUCUCUGACCAUCAAGAACUCCACAACUGAACACUCUGGACCUUAUAAACUACAGAUCAGCAGCUGCAGAGGGACGUCGUACAAGAAAUUCAAAGUUGUUAUCCAUGUGAAGAAAGGGUCAGUGCUGGAGGGAGAUGAUGUUACUCUCAGGACUGAUGAUGAAAUACAGAAAAACAGUUUCUGUGGCUGUUUGGAGAUGAAAACUCUCUCAUAGCUGAAAUCAAAGGAGGGACUGGAGGGAUUAUUACAUAUUAUGAUGUUCUUGAUGGGAAAUUCAGAGACAGACUGAAGAUGGACAAGCAGACUGCAUCUCUGACCAUCACAAACACCACCAUUGAACAUUCUGGACUUUAUAAGCUGAAGAUCAACAGCGGUAAAGAGGCCACAAUCAAGAAAUUCUUCAUUACUGUCAGGGCGAGGAUGACUUUGGGGAAGAAGGGAAGCAAUGUGACUCUAAACUCUGAUACUGAAGUACAGAGAGAUGAUCUGAUCCUGUGGAGGUUUGGAGAUGAAGACAAUCUCAUAGCUCAACUGACUGGAGAGACCAAAGAGACGACAUACGCUGAUGCCGACGAGAGAUUCAGAGACAAACUGCAGCUGGACAAGAACACUGGAUCUCUGACCAUCAGGAACAUCACAAGCAAAAACUCUGGACCUUAUAAACUACAGAUCAUCAGCUGUAGCACCAGGAGCUUCUACAAGAAAUUCAGAGUUUUCAUGUGUUGUGAGUCCGGUCCGAAGACGAUGAUAGGAGAAUGUUUAAUUCUAAUCACUGAUUUUAACAUAGAAAGUGAUGAGAAGGUACAGUGGAGCUUUGGAGCCAAAACUCUAGCAACUGGAAUGAAUGGAGACUCAAAUAAGACUUCAUACUGUGAUGAUGGGAGAUUCAGAGACAGACUGGAGCUGCACCAUCAAACGGGAUCUCUCACCAUCAAAAACACCAGAACCAGCGACACUGGAGUUUAUCAACUAAAGUUCUGCAGCAGAUUCGGAAAGAACAUUUGCUGGGAAUUCAGUGUUACUGUCAGUGGAUCAGAUGGAAAAGCUCCAGGAAACGAACCAAAAGAGCAGAAAGCAGGAUCAGAUGGAAAAGCUCCUGGAAACGGACCAAAAAAGCUGAAAGCAGAUUCCACUGGGAACAGACUGAAUGAAUCAACAACUAUAGUGAUGCCGCUGUUGAAUGAAGAAGUUCCUGAUGGAGUGAAUGUACAUCAGGGGAUGAGUUCAGUUUUAUAAGAUAAGACACGCCCAUUAGUGUCAAUCACUCUGACAUCAUCAACAACCAGUGCUGAUUGUAAGCAGAAAUGCAUUUCUCUUGCACGAUUUAAUAUUUCAGGUACUUGUCAGUUUUUAUCAAAGAAAAAAUGUUUUGUUUCUUUCCUUCAGAGGUUAUGGAAAAUAUGCCACUCUCUGUAAGAGAUCAUUUUAUGGCAUAUUUUGGCACUUUUUUAGUCUCAUAUCAGCAACUGCCUAUUGUUGGAUUGGGAAUUGAAUCUGAAUUGAAUUAUUUUUUAUUGAAUUUAUUUAAUUUCAUUUUUUGCACUAGCAUUUACUACUUUAGUACUUACAGUAAUGUGCUAUUAUAUAUUCAAGGUUCCCCGCCUUCUUGAAAGUACUUGAAUUUCAGACAGGCCUGGAGUCUGUGAAAACAAACACAGUUCUUUGAAAGUGCUUGAAUUAAACUGGAAUUACAUUUUGUUAGAGCAGCAUGGUGCUGUUACAAAAAAUUGGCCUUUAUCCGCUGUGAAAGCCAGAACGAAACUGUGAAAUUCUUCAUUAUUUUGUGUAAAGGGAAAAACAGCUGAACUUCUACAGAGUAGUAAUGUGAUUCGCGCCGCGCUGUUUUAACUGGUCAGCGCCGCGCUGGUGAGAUUAGUUGGCUUGGUCCACUUUUGGUGUGAAUGGCUUCCCGUGGCAGCCCGUGUCCUGGAUAAAAUAGCUUAUUUCUCUGGAUUUUAACAUUCUUGGAAACAUUUGGGAUAAUGUAAGUACACAAGUCAACAAAAUAUAUAACACUGUUCUAGUGGCUUUUGGAUAUUUUAAUAAAAAAUCCUACAUAUUGUGCCUUUAAUAAGCACAGCACUGCUUUGUUUACAGAGGUAACAGGGGAAACCUAUAUAUUUCUGCUGUUCCAUAAGCGCCGUCUACUGUUAGAGAUUGAAAUUGCAUUUUCAUUCAGAGCGUCGGACCAAUGCGAAGAUCAAUAUCAUAUUUUCACACAGCUUACACGCAGUGCUGUAAAUGUUAAUCGGUGGGUUGAUAAGGAAGCUAAAGUGCUUUCAAAAAAUGUAGAAUAGUAAGGUAGUUAGAAUAUUAUAUAUAAUCAUAUUUUAAAUGAAUGUAUAAUCAUUUAUCAUUUUGACUCAUCCAUUUUCUUCAAAAUAGGCUGUAAUGUAAUUUUUAUUAAUUACUUUAAUAUAUAUUCAAAACACAUUAUUUGAACUGUUGUUGAAAUCAUCCUUUUUACAGUCAUUUAUGGUUUAGGAUGUUAUCAUAAACACUAAUUAUUUGUGCAGGUGUUCAAAAAGGUCUUAAAAUUGCAGAUACCCUGUACAGGUGGCAGGUUGGCAGUAACAAACUCAACUUUAUUGUGCUUGAUAUAAUAUAAAAGCAGCUUUAAAAAGCCAUUGAAUCAGGUUUUAGUGAAAGAGUGGGAACCCUGUAUUCUGUAUGUCAAAUUUACUUGUUUGUAUUAUUCUCAUCUGUAGAUUAUUCGUAUUAAAGCAUUUGUUAAAUGAAUAAAUGUUCAAAGAUAUUGACAUCCA